AGCAUGACAGUGCUGGCCGUCGCAGAAAGAAUUUUUUAAGGAGCCAAGAGCCUUUUUGAACAGGACCCCUGAUAAAUUCAACCUUUCUUACAAACAACAACACUAUGACCAAAGCUGUGAGUGCGAGGAAGAAUGUUCUUCUCAACAAUGGUCAGCGCUACGAAAUGUACAAACAUUACAAAAAGUCCUUCGAAUCAAGUUCAACGAAGAAUUUAGAAGAAUCAAACACAGAACAAGAUCAGAAACAAAACGACCCAGUGUCAAAGAAGGAUGGAAUGACAUAUGGAGAAUUGAUCAACUGGGCGGUCGAUCGGUAUAAGUUGGAAAAGCGACCCAACAAGUCAACCAUUUCGAAAAUGAUUUCGCGUAUGGAUGAAGAACGAGCGUUAGGCGGUCCAGAGCGGAAGCGCGGUGCUUCUCGUAUACAAAAGGGUCGCUUUCCGACAAAUAUGUAUAGGAAGUGGAGGAAGCUGUGUUGGAAUGGAUGGAUGUUAAUGAAAGCAAACGUUUACCGGUUACAUGGACCAUGAUUCUGCAAAAGGCAAACAGCGUAGCUGAACGGAGGGGUCUUGAAUU